AACGAUGGCGCCUUGCCCUUGAGACUAAAGGAUUCAGAAUAAGUAGGAACAAGACUGAAUACAUGGAAUGUCGUUUCAGCGGCCGGGAAACAGAAUCAGAAGUGGAAGUUAGGAUUGACUCUCACGUAGUACCUAAGGUAGACAGGUUCCGAUAUCUUGGCUCGGUAAUCCAGGCAGAUGGGGAGUUAGACGGGGAUGUUGGACAUCGUGUUGGAGUGGCUUGGGCCAAAUGGCGGUUGGCCUCAGGGGUGUUGUGUGACCCGAAGAUUUCACCCAGGAUGAAAGAUAAGUUCUACCGAUCCGUAGUCAGACCUGCUAUGUUAUACGGGGCAGAGUGUUGGGCAGUUAAGAAGACUCAUGUGCGUCAUCUGCAUGCGGCGGAGAUGCGGAUGUUACGAUGGAUGUGUGGGAAGACAAGGUUGGAUAGGAUUUGGAACGAAGUUAUUCGACGUCAGGUAGGCAUGGCGCCGGUGGAAGAUAAGAUGCGGGAAGCGAGGUUGAGAUGGUUUGGGCAUGUGAGACGUCGGGAUGCUGAUGCCCCUGUACGGAGGUGCGAGAGGAUCACGGUUAUCGGGAGAAGUAGGGGAAGGGGUAGACCUAGGAAGAAUUGGAAGGAGGUGAUUAGGCAGGAUUUAGGACUUCUCACCCUGACUGAGGAUAUGGCUUUAGAUAGGAACCUUUGGCGGACUAGGACUAAAGUAGCUGCUUGGAAAAGGCCAGUGAGGAUUCCAGUGAUAUCCUCGUCUAAAAAAGUUGGCCAGUCUAUUAGAGUUGGUAUUCUCGGAGCGAGUGGAUUAAGAGGUGGUCAGCUUAUUCCAUUCAUCAUAAAUCAUCCUUCCAUGGAUAUUGCUCUGAUGACUGCCGAUAAAGAAGCGGGUCAAUCAAUCGGUUCAGUAUUUCCGCACCUCACCAUGCAUGAUAUGCCAAUCUUGGUUUCUACUCAGGACAUAGAUUUCUCUGGUGUGGAUGCCGUUUUCAGUUGUUUGCCACCUCGCACUAGUCAGGAAAUAAUCAAUCGCCUUCCAAGUAGGUUAAAGAUCGUUGAUCUUUCCGGGAACAACAGAUUACAGGAUCUUAAUGACUAUGUUGAAUGGCAUGGUCUGCCUCACAAUGCUUCAGAAUUGCAGAAAGAAGAUGUUUAUGGCCUGACUGAGAUACAUCGAAAAAAGAUCCAAAGUGCACGUCUUGUUGCAAAUCCCGGAUGUUAUCCUACUGCAAUCUUGCUUCCUCUUAUUCCCCUCAUCAGAGCUAAUCUUAUUGAAUUGCAAGAUAUUGUUAUUUUCUCGAACUCGGGAGUUAGUAAAACAGUGCCUGAAAUUGAACAUGAACUAUGUGAAGCUGCAAAUUCAAAAGUAUCUGGUAGUUUUAUUUCUACCCAAAAGCUAAUGAGCCAAGGUAUGCUACUAAAUAUACAUGUAGAAUUGGCUCAUGGAGCUUCAGUUGAGGAUUUAAGGCAACAACUUGUGAGGUUUUAUGAGGAGGAAGAAUUUGUAGUGGUGCUGGCAGGUGAUGAAGCUCCACACACCAAAGACGUGAAAGGUUCCAAUUGUUGUCAUAUAAGCGUCAUCCCUGUUGUUGGUAAUCCCAGAAGAGCUAUAAUCAUCCCAGUUCUUGAUAAACUUGUAAAGGGAGCUUCUGGUCAAGCCAUACAAAAUCUCAACUUGAUGAUGGGAAUUCGAGAAAAUGUUGGCCUUAGUUGCAUGCCUUUAUUGCCUUAGAUCUAUUGUUUUAUUCAUGGAACAAGUUAUUUGUGUGCGUCAUGUAUUAUUAAAUCAUAAGAUUUGUUUCCAUAAACCAGUUUGUUUGGU